AUGAGCUGGAUUCUAUACCUGAGCCUCACCCUCUGCCUGAUGGUGCAGACAGUCCUGGGUGCUCAGCACACCAAGGAACCUCUAGUGGUUACCAAAUACGGGGCCCUCCAAGGAAAACAGAUGCACAUGGGGAAGACACCUAUUAAUGUCUUCCUAGGAGUCCUCUUCUCCAGACCUCCUGUGGGUGCCCACAGGUUUGCUGCCCCAGAGCCCCCAGAGCCCUGGGAAGGAAUCAGAAAUACCACCAACUAUGUUCCUGCGUGCCUUCAGGAGUCCUGGGGACGGAUCACCUCCAUGUACUUCAACACGCGGAAACAAUACAAACGGCUGCGCUUCAGCGAGAACUGUCUGUACCUCAACGUGUACGCGCCAGUGCGCGCGCGUGGGGACGCUCCGCUGCCGGUGACAGUCUGGUUCCCAGGAGGUGCCUUCCUCGUGGGCUCCGCUUCCACGUACGAUGGCUCAGAGUUGGCCGCCCGUGAGAAAACGGUGCUCGAGCUUCUGCAGCACAGGCUCGGCAUCCUGGGUUUCCUGAGCACUGGCGACAGCCAGGCCCGCGGGAACUGGGAACUGCUGGACCAGGUGGCGGCUCUGCGAGGGGUACAAGAGAACAUCGCAGUCUUUGGCGGAGACCCAGGCUGCGUAACCCUGUUUGGCCAGUCUUCGCGGGCCAUGUGUAUCUCAGGACUGAUGAUGUCACCCCUAGCCUGUGGUCUCUUCCAUUGGGCCAUUUCCCAGAGUGGCACCGCAGCACUCAGAGCCUUCAUCACUGCUGACCCACUGAAGGUAGCCAAGGUGGUUGCCCGCCUGGCAGGCUGUACCUACAAUAGCACACAGAUUCUGGGAGACUGCCUGAGGGCAUGAUCAGGGGCUGAGGAUGUAUCCAAGAAGAUGGUAGGUAAAACUUCCUUCUAGCUCCUUCAGCUGAACUCCGAGAAAGACCCUCAGGAGAUUGUGUGGUUCAUGAACCGAGUGGUGGAUGGUGUGGUGUUCCCAGAUGACCCAGUGGUGCUCCUGAGCCAGGGGCAAGUUGCACCUGUGCCCUAUCUUCUGGGUGUCAACAACCUGGAGUUCAGUUGGCUCUUACCUUUUAUCAUGAAGCUAUCCCUAAGCCAGUUGAUAAUGAGAAAAAGAAUCAUCACCAAGCUGCUCUGGAAAACCAGCACCCGGUUGAAUAUCACCAAAAAGCAGUUACCACUGAUGGUGGAGGAGUACCUAGGGGACAUUGACAACCAUGACUGGAAAAUAUUAAGAAACCAUGUAAUGGACCUCUCUGGGGAUGCAACCUUUGUGUACCCCACGCUACAGGCUGCCCGCCAUCACAGCAGUAUAUGCUGACUUCCCUGUGUCUACCUGUAUGAGUUUGAGCACCACACUCCCACCAGUGUCAUCAUCAAGCCCCACACUGAUGGGGCAGACCACGGGGAUGAGAUCCACUUCAUCUUCGGGAAUCCCUUCUCCAAAGUUCAUCCCACAGCUGAGGAGAAAGCACUGAGCCACCAGAUGAUGAAAUACUGGGCCAACUUUGCCCAUACAGGAAACCCCGAUGGUGGGAAGCUGCCUCACUGGCCAUGCUGUAACAAGGAGGAGUAGUAUCUACACAUGGAUUUCAUCACAAGGGUGGGCGUGAAGCUCAAGGAAGAGAAGAUGGCCUUUUGGAUGAGACUGUACCAGCAUUAAGGACCUGAAAAGCAGAGGCAUUUCUGA